AUGGGAAAAGUUUCUAUUAUCGCAUCAUUAGUCGUUGGAUUUGUAGUUAUCUCAAUCAUCUGUUUGUCUGUUGGAUUGAUUUAUAGGAAUAAAAAGGCUAAAGUUGAUACUCCUGCCACUGAAAUUAUUUGGUCCUUCCACUUAGAAAAUGAUUCUGACUUGAAACUUAAAGGCAAUCUCGAUGUUAUUGACGUAAACAUUCUUAAAACAGAGGACUAUUCCGUGGGUGCGUAUAAUGCUAAUGUUAAUAGUAUUGAGCAUGAAUUUCCUACAGCCAAACUCACUGGAUGGACUCACACAUAUCAAGAACCUCUCAUGAUACAGAAAUUUGUUGUUGAAUCCAAUGAGGUCAACUUUUUAAAAGUUGAACCUAUUUCUGGUUUCACUGUUUUCAAUAAUCAAGAUACAGGUGACUUUGUAACAAUUUGGCAUGAUGAAGAAUUUCAUCACUAUUCUCCCAAGGGACAACUUCUUUCAAUAGGUCCAUUCCCAUUUGCAAAUGGAGAUGAUUCAAUCAAUCCAAAUGAUCUAGAAAUACCUACAAAAAUUUCUAAACCUGAAUCAGAAGUUGAUUCUACUACUGAUACUGAACUUGAUUCGGAUUUGGAUGCUACCUACAUGAUUAAAGAACCUGAAGUUGAACCUGAUAUUGAACUUGAUUCGGAUUUGGAUGCUACCUACAUGAUUAAAGAACCUGAACCUAAACCACUUCUCAAUAAUAUGUAUCCAGAUGUAUUAACAACUGGAUGGACUCUUGAUGAAUUAGAUAAAUCUAAAAAACCUGAUGAUGUUAGUUUUGAUACUGCUAGUGGAUUUCCUUCUGGAUGGCAUGAUAAUAGUGAUAUAGUUAAAGAACCUGAACCUAAACCACUUCUCAAUAAUAUGUAUCCAGAUGUAUUAACAACUGGAUGGACUCUUGAUGAAUUAGAUAAAUCUAAAAAACCUGAUGAUGUUAGUUUUGAUACUGCUGCUGGAUUUCCUUCUGGAUGGCAUGAUAAUAUUGAUAUAGUUGAAGUACCAGAAACUUUUGUCAAUAUUCUCCCUCAAAUGAAUCUCACUAAAGAAGAUUUAGUUUUUGAUCUCUCUGUUAUUACUCUUGCUACUGAGGAAACUCCUUAUAAGAUUAUACAAGGAGAUGAUGAAUUGAACAUUAAGAAGCACAAGGUUGAUGAUGUUUUUAAGAAAUACAGCUGUUCAGUCACUAACGACAGGACAUUUAAACCUCAAAUUAGACAUUUCCUCUCUAAUUUCGAACUCAAAUGUGAAAACGUUUCUGAAUUUGAGCUUUAUGUUGGUGAAUACGAUGAACCAUUGUGUAUUAGAUUAAAAGAUCAGACUGGAUUUAAGACCUAUGUCCAUAGAGGAAACAACAAAUGGGAAUCCCUUAAUGUUCAAGAGUUGAAUACAAAUAUUCUUGAUGAACAGUACCUUUUGCUAAGGGAUGAUAUUACAAUGAUUGACUUUUCCAAAAAAUCAGGGAGUUACAAAUUUGGUAAUUAUAAGGUAGAAGUGACUGAACCCAGUGCAUCUCUACCAGAAUCUGACCCUAGUUCAUCCGAUACAAAUUUAUACCCUGGAUUCAAAGCAUAUAUUCAUACUAUUUAUAAUGAUACUGGUAGUUCAGUUGACUUCACCAGUGUCAGGGUUCAUAGGUUCAAAUAUGGAGAACUCUCUCUUACUGGAUUUAUGCGUAAUUUCUUAAUACGUAAAUUAUACGUUUAUUUCUGGGAGCCGGAAUUAACAAAACCAAUUUAUAUAAGGAUGUUUGCACAUCUUGGUUUUUUAAACUACUUUGGUUAUCCUCAUUACAAUCUACAAACAGACACUUCUAUGUUCACUUAUUACUUAACACUUGCUAACUUUGAAGUGAAUAAUGUUCUGGCUAUCAAUCUAUCAAGACAUGAUUCAUACGAUUUUGAGGGUGGUAUUUCACCUUAUCCAACUCGAAAUCAAUUAACAGUGAAACGUCAGGAGGAUUCUCCUCUUAAGCCUUUCAGGAGAUGUGUUCAUACCCUUACUGUAGACGGUGUUAAUAAACCAUUUAGCAUUUUAAAGUUUAUCAACGAACCUAACCUGAGUGUAGACCAAACCAAAGUUUCGUCAUUGGAAGCAUAUUAUCACAAUAAACAUUUGAAUAAACCACUUUUGGUCAUUUUGAAUGGAUCAGUAAGACAGAAAUUUUAUAAGCUCGAGGAUAAUGGUUAUGUAUCUAUGGAUAACCUUAUUGUUGAUUUAAAAAACACCUUGAAAUAUUUGGUAUAUCAUAAUUACAAAUAUCUCAAAAUUGAUGUUUCAAAAAUGACCAAUUAUCAUUACACAGGAGAAUCAAAUACAUCUUCAUUACCAGAUGCCAAUAUUAAGGUAUCCGUCGAUGAGGUCCAAUUGAGUGAAUUCUUUAAGUUUACUCACAGUCUUAAGCUAGACAAUAUUCAAUCUAAAUUUAGAUUAAUUGCAUUGGAUGGUGCUGAUAUUACUUUUGAUGAUCCAGAAUUAACAAGUGUAGAUUCUUACUUUCUUACCAAAGAUAAGCCCAUUCCCUUAAUUGUCGUUCUUAGAGGCGCCGUGGAUGUUGCUUAUGUUUAUAAAAGAAAAAGAUACCUUAGAGAACAAAUUGACACCUCUAAUCCAUUGGAUGUUUUGAGAAGGCUAGCACAUCAGAAUUUUGAUUCACUUUAUUUGAAAUUAGAUCAAACUUCUAGUUACUAUGACCAACAACAGGAUGGGUUUAGUGUAACUGUCUCUAAUGUAUAUACAUCCCAUCAAGGGUAUAAACAUUAUGUUCACACAUUUGAAACCCCCAAUGAGCCACUUAAAAAAUACAACAAUGUAAUAUUUCUCAAUGCGAAUAAUUACUUUCAUCUUAAAAUAGAUGAAAGUCAUUAUAUAAAAGCAAACGUCUAUAUUGAUAACAAUAAUUUUCCAUCCAUUGUCUCACUUAUUGACGACAAAGGAACUACAUGCAAUUUCAUUUUCCAUGAUAAUGUUUAUAAAAAGGCAAAGGAUGAUAGUGUAAAUACAAAACUUUCCUCUGGUAGUCAAACCUGA